CGCACACGACUUACUCUAGACAUACCCGAACCUUCAAAAACAACAGACCACCUUAACCAAACUUUCCUCAAGACAUCCUCAGAAACCGCCCAAGAUGGUCAAGGAGACAAAGCUCUACGAGCAGCUGAAUAUAAGCCCCACGGCUUCUCAGGACGAGAUCAAGAAGGCAUAUCGCUUCUUUCCACAUGAAGCUCUCUCGACACUUCUCCAGAAAGCAGCCCUAAAGUACCACCCCGACAAGAACAAGGACAACCCGGAAGCCGCCGAGAAGUUCAAGGAGGUCUCGCAAGCAUAUGAGAUUCUUUCGGAUCCAGAGAAACGCAAGACCUAUGACCAAUUCGGCCUCGAGUUCAUCCUCCGCGGCGGCGUCCCACAACCCGAUGGAACUGCUGGCCCGAACCCCUUCGCCAGCGCUGGAGCCGGUGGCAUGCCGGAAGGCUUCGCGUCCUUCUUCACCAACGUCGGGGGCCCGGGUGCGGGCGGCGGCGGUGGCCAGCGCUUCUCAUACGGCUUCAACUUCACCGACCCGGACGACCUCUUCCGGAACACCUUCCGUGACAGUGGCCUGGGUAGCGAUUUCUUCGACGACUUCCUAAGCGGGGCGCGCUCGACGACAUCUUCUUCCGCGGGGGGCGGGCGGACCCGCAUGCGGACAUCCUUUGGCGACAGUACGCGCAGCGCGCGGGCGCCGACGCCCGAGGUGACGACGGUGGAGCGGCCGCUGCCGCUGUCGCUUGAGGACAUGUUCACGGGCGUCACGAAGAAGAUGAAGAUCAAGCGCAAGACGUUUGACGAGACCGGCAAGCGCACCCAGACAGAUACGGUGCUCGAGGUCCCCAUCAAGCCUGGCCUGAAAAAAGGUAGCAAGAUCCGCUUCAAGGGAGUUGGUGAUCAGGAGGAGGGUGGACAACAGGAUUUGGUGUUCAUCGUCGAAGAGAAACCACAUCCGCUCUUCGUCCGCGACGGCGACGACAUAAUCCACACCGUCGAUCUCGACCUGAAGGAGGCCCUGACCGGUUGGAAGCGAACUAUCACAACCAUAGACGGCAAGCAACUCAACAUUGACAAGGCGGGCCCCACGCAACCAGGUAGCUCGGAUUCUUACCCGGGGUUGGGCAUGCCCAUAUCCAAGAAGCCCGGGCAGCGCGGCAAUUUCAUCGUCAAGUAUAAUGUCAAGUUCCCUAUGACGUUGAGCCCGAUGCAGAAGCAACGGUUGAAGGAGAUUCUGUGAGCUCCUUCUCCCACUCUGCCAGCUUCUGUCAUUGG